AUGGCGAACGAUACAGAUUCAACACACUUUGUGGAGUUCUCUAGAGUUCGCACAGGGUUGAAAAGGGAGUUCACCUUUGCUAUGAAGGUACAAUCUGAAAUUUGUGGUUCUUUAGGCCGAACAAGAUCCAAUAGUUUGUCUCGCAAGAGAUCCAAAAAGUCUAGUCUCUUUGAAUCAAAGAGGAAAAAUCUCACAGGCCUCACAAGUUUAGUUAAAUCCGAGGAUGAUAUUGGAGAUGUUCUAAGCAAGGAGGAAGCAAAGAGUGAUGUAAUGAAUGCAGAGAAACCCAAGUGUCAAGUGGGUGGUGAUGAAGGAACAAUAUCUGUUGUUUGUGAAAAGGUGCAUGAGAGUGUUGAAUCCAUAAUUCAAGUGAGGAAUGAAGAUGAAAUGGUUAUUCCUUUUAAAAAAGAGAAUAAUAAUUAUGAACCUAAGAUUGAGAUGGAACAAAUAAAAAUGGUUUGUGAUAACGGUGGGGUCAAGGAAGAAGUUGUCAGUGAUAAGGUUCCAUCGAUGUUGGGUUGCGAGCUGAAAUCCCCAAAAAUAGUUAUGCUGUCAACUAUGAAUAAGGUUGAAAAUGGUGAUAAUAAGGUUAAAAGUAAUAAUGUUGAGAAAGAAGGCAAAAAUGUUGUUGCUUCAGCUUCGAGGAAAAUAUCUAUGUGUUCUGGGGGAAAAAAAUUUCCUUUGAAACUAAAAGACCUUUUAUCAUCUGGGAUUCUUGAAGGAUUACUUGUAAAAUAUGUUCGUGGUAUCAAGGCAAAAUCUACAGGGCUCUUGGGUGUCAUUUCUGGCGUUGGUAUUUUAUGUUAUUGUGAAAUUUGUAACAAAGUUGAGGUUGUAACGCCCACAAUUUUUGAGUUACAUGCUGGUAGUGCAAACAAGCGCCCUCCAGAGUAUAUUUUUCUUGAGAAUGGACAUACUCUUCGUGAUAUCAUGAAUACAUUUUUGCAUAUUCCAUUAGACAAGUUGGAGGAAGUUGUGCAGAAAAUGCUUGGAGGCUUCACAAUGAGAAAAUCUAUGUUCUCAAAAUCAAUUGCGCUUUCAACAUCGUUAAAUCGUGGAAUGAAACACAACACAUCUAAUGGUAAAAGUCAAGGAAAACUAACUAGGAAGGAUUUACGCUUGCAUAAGUUGGUCUUUGAGGAAGAUGGGUUGCCUGAUGGAACUCAAGUAGCAUACCAUAUUCAUGGAAAGGUUAGUCCUUCUCAAUUUGAAGCACAUGCUGGUUGGGCAUCACGACGAAAGCCAUAUGUGCACAUAUUAAUAUCUAAUGGACUCUCACUCCACGAGUUGUCCAUCUCCUUGUCAAAAGGUCGCAAGGUUUCUACUAGUGAUAAUGAUGAUCUCUGCAGUAUAUGUAGAGAUGGAGGAAAUCUUUUAUGUUGUGACGGAUGCCCUAGAGCUUUUCACAUAGGUGAAAUUUUACUUUUUACAUCAUAA